AGGGGCGCGGUCGCUACCGAAGAUGCCCCUCGGCUCGCUUCCCUUUUUUUUAAGGGCUGGUGCACGAGCUCUUUUGAGGGGUUUGUGACUCCACUUUCCUGGAUGACCCCGCACGAAGCCCUUCUCCUCAGGUUUCCUUGCUCUAGGAAGUCAACUCAUUUUUUAAGAAAUGAGAAAGAGGAACGGUGAGUGAAGAGAGAACCUCGAGUUUCAGGUAUAUGAAGCAAUUGACACCAGAGAUGGAUUGUCUUGUUCAGAGUUGGUAUCUUUUAAGCAUCCUCAUGUUGCAAAUCCCCGGCUUCAGCUUCCCUCUCCAGAAGAGAAGUGUCAACAAGUUUUGGAACCUCCUUAUGAUGAAAUGUUUGCAGCUCAUUUAAGGUGUACCUAUGCUGUGGGAAACCAUGAUUUCAUUGAAGCGUACAAAUGCCAGACUGUGAUUGUUCAAUCUUUCCUGAGAGCAUUUCAAGCCCACAAAGAAGAAAACUGGGCUUUGCCUAUUAUGUAUGCUGUAGCUCUUGAUCUUCGGAUUUUUGCUAAUAAUGCUGACCAACAGUUAGUGAAGAAAGGGAGAAGUAAAGUUGGGGAUAUGUUGGAAAAGGCAGCUGAAUUGCUGAUGAGCUGUUUUCGAGUGUGUGCUAGUGAUACUCGUGCUGGUAUAGAUGACUCUAAGAAGUGGGGAAUGCUAUUUCUGGUCAAUCAACUAUUUAAAAUUUACUUUAAGAUCAACAAACUUCAUCUUUGUAAGCCCUUAAUUAGAGCAAUUGAUAGCUCAAAUCUGAAAGAUGACUACAGCACAGCACAGAGAGUUACAUACAAGUACUAUGUUGGUCGCAAGGCGAUGUUUGACAGUGAUUUUAAGCAAGCUGAAGAAUAUCUGUCAUUUGCCUUUGAGCAUUGUCACCGUUCAAGUCAGAAAAAUAAAAGAAUGAUUCUGAUAUAUCUGCUGCCAGUAAAAAUGCUGUUGGGUCAUAUGCCAACAGUUGAGCUUUUGAAAAAGUAUCAUCUUAUGCAAUUUGCAGAAGUAACCAAAGCUGUGAGUGAAGGAAAUCUUCUGCUCUUGAAUGAAGCUUUAGCAAAACAUGAAACUUUCUUUAUUCGCUGUGGUAUUUUUCUUAUUCUUGAGAAGCUGAAGAUCAUCACCUAUAGAAAUCUCUUUAAGAAAGUAUAUUUAUUACUCAAAACACAUCAGCUUUCUCUUGAUGCUUUUCUAGUUGCCUUAAAAUUCAUGCAAGUUGAAGAUGUUGAUAUUGAUGAAGUUCAGUGCAUUUUAGCUAAUCUCAUAUACAUGGGUCAUAUUAAAGGAUACAUAUCUCAUCAGCAUCAAAAGCUAGUGGUUAGCAAGCAAAAUCCUUUUCCUCCACUUUCAACUGUGUGUUGAUUCAACAACACUCUGCAGAUUGUGCAACAUUAAGACUAAACAAUUUUUGCAGAAAUUUAAACUUGCAAAACUUUUUUCAAAAAUAAGUCAUGCAGUUGAAACUCAAAAGUAAUUCUGUUACAUUCAGGACUGGAAUCUUGGAAACUUCUCGUGGCUUCUUUCCCAGGGACACAGGCUAUGAACUUGGCAGAGUUACCUAGGGGACAUGAAUUGCUCCUUUAUAAAAUACAGCUUCUAUUAACUUCGGUAUGAUCUGAAGUUUUAUUAAAAAAAAAAAAAAAAGAAAACAUUCCUAGUCUACCAUGAAGCUUUUACAAAACUUCUGUAAAGAUGGUAUUUUGAAAAUUAAGGCAGCUAAACAUUUUACUUUUCAUAGUGCUAUUCAUUAAAUGAUCUUUGUACUUUUUCAUAAGUUUUUUUUGGGAAAAAACAUUCAGUAUGUAUGGAAAUGGUGAAUUCUCUUAUCUUUCAGAGUAUCAGGAUUUCAGUAUUCCAUUUCAAAAUUUUGUCCAUAACAGCUUAGAUUACUUUAAGAGGGAAAUUACAUUUGAUUGUGAAUGCUGCUUUUCCUUGUAUUUACUCACUACAACUUAACAUUUUCAUAUUUUGCAAGACAAGCACAUUUGUUUUGUUUUGUUUUGUUUUGUUUUGUUUUGUUUUGUUUUUUUUUUUACCUGACUAUGACAAAUGCUUUGGAAAAUCAUUCUCACCUCAGAUCCUUGUAGGCUUGUAAGUUUGUUGCACAGAAAUUCUCUAUAAACAUCUCUCCACUUUAUCCGAGGAAAAGAACUCUUCAAAUUCCUCCUAUUCCUAGCAGAAAAGAUAGGACCAUAAUCCAUUUUCUUUCUCAUUUUCAAGUUUAUCUGAACCCUGACAAAAUUGUCUUCCCCACUUUCUCAAUAUUGGGAAUGCUGUGAAAAUGAUUAGAACAGCUGUAGACUACCUCUUUGCUUUUCCACAUCAUAUUCUCCCAGUUGUCUUGGAAUUCCUAGUAGCUUUCUGGUUUCAGACCAGCAUGAAUCUCUCCAUUUUUCAGGAUGAUAGAGAUCCCCACCGAAGCAUUCAGAAGCUACUCAAAAAAAAAAAAAAAAAAAAAAAAAAAAAAAAAAAAGGAUAUAAUCUCACUGCAAGAGGUCUUCCCUUGCUGUAUUUUGAUAAUGAAAUUUUUGCUGUACCAAAAUAAGUUUUCCAGUACCCACUAGUACCCUCAUUUGGAAGGGUUUAGUUUUAAUGUAUGUGUUAAAUAUAAACCAUUAUACAAAUGCAAGGUAUUUUUUUAAAAAAAUAAAAUGUUAUUGAUAUUUUUUCAUUUUUAUGUCAUUCUCGCAUCUCUGUUCCUUCUCCCAGAGAGCCAUCCCAUGUAAUAACAAAAAUUAAGAUGAGGAAGAAGAGAAAAAAUAAUCGGCAAACCUGUCAGUAUGUUGCCACCCCCCCCAAAAAACAAACAAACAAACAAAACCAACAACAACAUUUGUAAUGUUAUACGUUGCUAAAACCUCUAAUUAUGCAGAGGAGUGGAGGACAGUUUUCCCUUUUUUAUUCUUUGGAUACAUGUUUAUUAUUUGUAGUUUUUUGGGGGGGAGUUCUUUCAAUUUGUAUUGGAGUCAUUGUUGGAAAUCUUCCACUUUUUUCAUUUUCUAGCUUUUCAUUUAAGUCUGUGUUUUUCUGUAUUCAUUAUAUCCAUCACUUUUUAUAGCAUAUUAGUAUUCCAUUACAUUGUUUUAUAAUUUGUUUAGGCUUGCUUCAAUUGAUGAACUUUUGCUGUUUUUCCCAGUUCUUCGACAUGAAGUAUUACUUUUGCAGAAUAAUAUGUAAUAGUUAAGUAAGUACUGAAAUCUGAGGACCUGAACUGGAAUCACUGCCUUAACACUGACCAUUUAAUAGUUCUUUGACUAUAGGAAGAUCCUUAUCCUCUCCAAGGCUUUUUUUUCCAACUAAAUUAUAUGAGAAGUAUGAGAGAACUAAAGAAAAUGAAUUUUUUCCUGGGUGUUUUUCUCAUUGUCCAUUUUUUAAAAAAUCAGUAUAUUUCACAUUUGAAGCAAUGCUCAUUUACAUAUAGGGAAUGGACAUUUUCUUUAGAAUUAACAGAAGGUAUUUAAAUAGUUGAAAAGUUGAGUAUAACAUUUCAUACAUUCAAAAGUAAUAUUGAAAUUACAUUCUAGGGCCCAAGCUCAAAAUGCUUUCAGCAAGGAGAAUCUUCAGAGCUUUCCCUUCAAGUUUUCAAGCAUCCAAGGUUACCUCCAUGUCACAAUCGAGACUUUUCCAUUGCUCAUCAUGAUUGCUUCAAAGAUCUUUAUUUCAGCUUAUAUGCUGACAAAUGUUGCAAGGCUGAAGUAGUGGGGAUAUUCUAAAAAGAACUUGAAAAAAAUCCUUUGAUAUUUUGACAGUUUGUGAGCACAAGGGAACAGUAUCAUUUGAGGUUAAAAAAUACAAGAAAGUGUAAUAGCUUCUACAUGUUUCAGAACCCUCCAACCCAUAUUCUACUCUGCUUAUUUUUUAAAAUCUAUUUUAACUAGUUAAAUGACUUAGGACAUGUCAUUUAAUCUAUCUCAGCACAGUUUUCUCAUUUGAAAAAUGAGGAUGUUUUAAUAUGUAAGCUUUAAAUAUCUUCUGUCAGUGUCCCUGAGAAAGAUGUGCUUGACAUUUGUCACUUUGAGAAUGUGGAGGAAUUCUCAAGGAGCUAUUUUUUUCCUUUGUCCUCCUAGUCACUGCCACUAGCCGAUUUAUAGGGUCUAUGCUUCAACAUAUAAUUUACAACCAUGUAUAUAAAAGUGGUCAGUUUAAACAUGAACAUAAUUUUUCAUACUAUAUUAUCUAUGCAGCAUAUAUUAGGAAAAAAAGAUAUAUAUUGAGGAUCAGAGAACUAGGAUACUUUAUCCUAGAUUGGAAGGGGCCAGCCCUUUUAAUUUACAUUUUUAGAGAUGAGCAAUUCAAACGGAUGGAUAAAGGCAUAACUGAGACAGAAUUGACUCUUAAAUGUAAUGCUUUCUCCGUAUGCUUUUUAAAUAGGGGCCCAGUUCACUGUCCCUCAGACUGUUGGAGGGCUGGACUAUAGCAAAAACAAAAACUUGGUUUUGUGGGCCUUUAAAUAAAAAAACUUCAUAGCCCUGGGUGAGGGGGAUAAUCGUCCUCAGCUGCUGCAUCUGGCCCGCGGCCAUAGUUUGAGGACCCCUGCACUAGACCAUUUUGCUUGCUGAGUUAGGACUUCACAGAAUAGUCUUAUUUUUUUAAUGACUAGAUCAAAAUAUCAAAUUUUAAUGUUAUCCAUUUUAAGUGGGAAAAUAUUUCAAAAUGAAAUGGUUUUUAUUAUGGUGAUUCAUUGAUCCCAAUGGGGUUAACAUCUUUACCAUAGCCUUAUCACUUAAUCCCUUGAGUCUUCAUUUUCUGACCUUCUAGACUCCAAUCUCUGCUUGUCUACUUCAGUAGUACUUUCCAUGUAUUGUCAUUGGCCAGUGUUUCCAACAGGCGAAAUGAGGUUUACUUUAUCAGACUACUCCAACUAUAUUUUGGCCAUAGUACUUACCUAUUUAGGAUGAGCUCCCCUGUUCCCAUUUGACCAUUCAUUUAUCAACCCUGAGUUCCAAAUUGGGCUUUACUUUCUUAGGGCCUGACAUUUUUUCCUUUACACCAUCUACUCCCAAAUUGUUUCCUUUAUAUUUCUUUAGCCUGUUCUGUAUACUUGUAUUACAGGGUCCACUCUACAUAUCUUGGUUUUGUGACAGAUCCAUGCUCUCCAGUCUUAAGCACUAGUAUGUCUAAUGAUUUCUUUUGUAUCCUUUUCUAGGAUUAGAACCUCUCUCCCCUUUGGCUAAUUUUAGACUCAUCAUGAGUUCUCAAUCCUUUUUGUAACUGAAAGCCUGAUUCUUGAAACUUAAAAACAAUUUACUUCUACUGAUUGUAGUUUUUAAAAUGGUAAAGAGGCUAAUGUUCUUUACUAUUCUUAUCUUUAGUGCACUAAUUUAAUACUUCUUGCAUUUUAUAGCAAAAACUUCUGCUUAGUCAACAUUUUCAUAUGCCUACAGCUAACAGGCACCCUAUCAUACAGGAUUUCAGGUUUUUAGAUAACAAGUUUUAUUUUCUCUCCUAGAAUGUUAGCUCCUUGAGAGUAGGAAUUGUUUUUGCCUUUGUGUACAAGAUAAAUAUUACUUUCUUGUUUGUUAUCUUUGAAAAGAGGUAGAAAUAGAAUCUUGCUUUACAUAAGUGUCAGUGAAGGCCCAUUUACAUGUAUUGUUUACAUUAAUUGAAAGACUUGUAAUCUUUGUUAAAAAUAAUCAAAAUAAAUUUAUAAUUUGUUGCUUUUUUAAGUUAUCUCAGCCAAGUUCUUAAAAUUUGAGUGGCUUCUUAAAAAUGGCUAUCAGUAUUUAAAGUGAACGUAAUUGAAAAUUUGCAUUUUAAGCCCCUUUUUAAUAUUUAUUGAUGUUAUGCUUGCUUUUGAAUGGGCCUUAAUAUUUCUUAAAAGUUUGUAAGAUUGCAUGACAAAAUCAAUAAAGAAUUGGUCCAGAAUCAGGAA